CCACUCCCAAGCUGGGGACGGCUUCAGGUCUCUCCUAAUGCUGUGCAUGGCACAGGGCGUUGUAAACAGGGAGUAUGUAGGGGGUAAAUGAACUGCCUAGGUCAGCACCUCUAGAGAAGAAACAGCAUGUGACUAAUGAACAAGAAUCAUAUAUACUUUUCAAUGGGCUUUCCACUGGGGUUCGAGGAUCUAUAGAGGUCUGAAUAUAUGCAAACUGAACUGCUAAUUAAACACGUUCAAUACUGCUCAUAAUGCCAUUUUAAAUGUUUACUACAUUAAACCACAGGGAUGUUAUGCUAUGGCGAUUAUAGACAACCUGAAUGUGUGGGGCUCUGAACAUUACAGUGAGUGUUGUUUUCAACACGAUUAGGCUGUUCAGUCUGUUAAGGCAGCCCAGAGGUGUGUUUGGGUCUGCUCCGCACGGUGCCGAUAGACCAAGAAAUGUGGAGUUUUAGAGAAUAGCCAGGGUGGUGCCGGAUCAUCGGGCGCACAUCAGCACCGUGCCACCGAGCCCAGAGGGCCCACCGUGGAAGAUCUGUGGGCUGCCGAAACGGCCAACAGCACCAUGCGCCACACUUGAAGAUCGUCAGGGCUCGUCAGGUGAAGCUUGAAAAGGGACCUCAAGAGAGGUGAGGGGAGAGGUGUGUGUUCUCAGUGGUUACAGAUGAAGACCCAGAAGCCCAACACCAGCUGUGAGGGCUGUGUCAAUAAACACCUUUGGGCAGCUCACGCCAGACCUGUACUCGCUCUGCAUGUCCACCCGUUACAAAAGACACGCUUUGAUAUGUAGAAACAACACGUGCAAAAUAUUUUUCCAGUACAUGAGGAUUUAGGUGUGCCACCGCACAUCUGUUUAUGUUGGAUAAAGUGGUUAACAGUGCUCAAUGGUCGCCAGGGAGAUCUGAGGUAAACAAUACUACAGCUCAAGAAAACUGAGGUGAUCUUUCAGUUUGAGGUGAUCUUUCUGAGUUGGGUAUUUCUGAGUUACAUAUUACUAUCAUGUCUGUAGUUGUGUCUUUGUAUACUUAUUUAUCAUAAGUCAUUUAUGUCGUAUUUAUGGGCCGACCACUGCUUUGGUCUGGGUGCCGGCACCACAUUGGUGAGGUCCUCCUGAACCAGGUUUUCACAGACCUGAAGGUGGAGUCAUCACGCUCGCCAGAGGUUACCUUGUUCACACGUCUGAGAGAGAAAUGGAACCUGUUACCACAAGAAUCCAGAAGCCAAUGGACCCGCUACAUUCCUGGCAACACCGAGCAACCGCUCCUGGGCAAUCUGUGUCUUGUGUUUCUGGAUGCAGAUGGUGAAGAGCAGACUGCAGUGACCUUCCAACGACCGGGGGCGCUCCACAAGGCCCGAUGGAUGGCCAAGCUGCUCUAUACUCUCAAGCUGGCUUUGAUGGAGCAGCACAUCGCGUUGCCUCCCCAGGGCACAAUCACCACACGGCAGCAGGUGCCGGAGAUUCGAGCAUUUGCCUUUUUCGUUACACACAUCUAUGCAAAGUGGUGGUUGACCUGCGAGAAAGCCGUAGAUGCUGCAUGGAAUGACCUGACACUCUACCACCACCUGCAGGCGUACAAGGCUGUAGAUGAGGGCAUUGCAGCAUCAGCGAUCAAGGCGCUGGAGAGGCAUCGCUGGUACCUGACAGGUGAGAUGCUACCCCUGGCUCUCUUCAGCAGCAAGGUGCCCAAUGAUGACAAGCAUGCACUUGCCAGAGCGAUCUUGGAGCACAAAUCCGCUGAUCUCCCCAUGCACAUCCCUGAGCAAGCCGAAGUUCCCCACCCGCAGAAUGUGCUUCAGGCAGUUGACCAUGACCGCAACCAACAGCCAAACCUUUGCCGCUGCAAAUGCAAACCAAUCCCUGAGUAGGACGGUUACUCUUGGGUGGCGGGUGGGGAGACAUAUCUGGGGGGAGACGCACUGGCUAGGUUCAGAGUUCAGGUUCCAUUUCCUCUCUCUUUCCCCCGGGUGAUGUUGCUCAGUGGAGCAGACUUUGGCACAGACUGAGCAAUUAAGUUUGAAGUUUAGUUAGUGUCAGAUCUUACCAUUAGGCCCUGUUAGUUGCCAGUGAGUUAGCCACUAGAGAGGUUUUGUUCUUUUAAGUGUGUCAGUAUCGCCCCUUGUGUUUGACAAUAAAGUCAAUUAAACUUU